ACUGUGUUGAUCGUGCAAUAAGUUAUUUCCUUCAAAAAAUUAUAAAAGAAACUAUGUGAACUCUUGUUGCUUUAAGUAAAUUAAGUGUCUGUGGCACACAUUUAACACUCAGCGUGAACUGAAAAUGCAACUGAGAUGGUGUAUUAUUGAUUUUUUGCUUAGGAACUGCUUAGUAUUGUGAUUUGUGGCUUCAAUUUAUUUAAAGUGCAAUAAUCAAAGACGAUAAUAAUGAAGACGAAGCUGACGUCGGUAACGUACCUCGGCUAUACGGCUAUGGACCGCCGCUUCUCCAACUCCAUGUUGCCCUGGCUGCUCCGGGAGAUUCGGGCUACAGGGGUCAGGGAUAAGCUGAGUCUGGCGGUGGAGGAGAGCUGUCUCAAGGCGUACAACGGCAACUUCGAGCCUGUCAUCAUACACCGCCUGGUAGAUAUACUGAGGGCCAGUCAAGUUCCAGGCCGGCCUGAGGAGUUGUUCUACAUCCUAAUAAAUGAGAAGGAGGGCCUCCUGCAGUGCUAUCUCUUCAGAGCAAACACUGUUCUUGAGGUGACAGACCUGUUCAGCCAGAUGCGGGAGCCGUCCCCGGGGGCCGCCAGCCCCAGGGGGUCGACGGGCUCGCUGAGCAGCGGCGCCGUGACCCGCAACAUCGGCUUCCAACAGACCAACGGUUCCGACCAACUACCCUGGACCAGCCCCGCCAUAUCACUACCUGGCAACUGUAAUUCUAACUUAACAAACGACUCAUCAGGAUUAGUCCGGAGUGUCAGUAACGCUUCUGCUCUCACUUCCUUAUGCGCUGAUCUCUCACCAUCUGACUCACAUUUCUUUGAGGUUCUUUAUAUCGGCAAAGUAAGAAUAUCACAGAGGAAAGUUCCGGAAACUCUGAUAGAUGACGCCCUUCACAAGUUUGCUCAACACGAGGCGGAGAAAAUCAAGAACCAGAGGCGGCACAGUCUUAUAUCUUCUACCGGUACUUCACUCUACAGCAAUUCAUCAGAAAACUUAAAAGACGAUACGAAAUCUGAUGCAGUCAGUGAAAAUGUACAUAACAGGAAUAGUAAUCUGAUCACGAGCACAACACCGCUCGAACCUGACAAAAACCAUGCUUGGAAAAGCGUCGAAAAUAUACAACAGACUAAACAACUCGUUAAAAGCGAAAGCAACGAAGUAGACAAAGAAUUCGAUACGUUUAGUAAGGAAAGGGUUGAGAAAAAUACUCAAAUACGAAAAACUAGUCAAACGCCUUUGGAACCAACCGUGUUGGUACUAAACGUACCCACAAAUUUGGGUACAGUGACAGAAGACGAGGAAAAGACUGAAGAAAUACAAUCAGUGAUAUCCGAAACUGCGUCAUCGAUAACGCAAUUUUGUCAAACGAAUUUUAUAAAUUCAAAUACGGAUACACUUGACAAUGUUGUCAGAGACACUAAUCCGUUUCGCAAAGAGAUCUGUGAAGGAACCGAUGAUACAAAAAGUAUAGACGUAAAAGAUCCUUUACUCAACAUACCAAUAAAAAAUGCUACACCUGUGAUUAAAAAUGAUAUAGAUACCAAAUCUAAAGACAACAUUUCAGGCAGUCCAACAUCAGACGAUUCUAAAACCCAAAAACCUUUACAAUUGAAACUUGAAAGGAAUAAUGAUAAGAUCGGAGCAAUGCCGGAGAACAAACAGUUUCUAAGAGACAGAUCUGCUUCCAUAGGAACAUUGAAUUUGAAGACACCUCUAGCUCAUUUAAUUGGAGAACAAAACAGAACUAUGCUUUUCCAGGUGGGCAGGUCUGAGCUGCGGCUGAUCAGUCCGGACCGCAAGCAGGUGCUGCUGCAGCGCGCGUUCGCGCACGUGGCCAGCUGCGUGCUGGGCCGCGCCAGCACCGACCACUUCGGCUUCGUGUGUCGCGACGCCGGCGACACCUUCGCCUGCUACGUCUUCAAGUGCGAGAGCGACUCCAUCGCCACCGAAGUUGUCAAUGCAAUAAGACAGGCGUUCGUGGCGCACGCGGAGCUGCUGAAGAAGUCUCGGGAGAAGUCGUCCAACAUGACGUGCGAGCAUUGCCCGCUGCUGUGGUACCACCGCCUCUGUCAUGACAUCGAAGGCAUGAACGAGAAGAAGACGCACGCGUUCAUCUUGCGGCGCAUCGAGCAGCUGCCGGAGGAGGAGCAGGAGCUGAUCGUCACCAAGUACCAGGGCGGCACCAACCACAUGUACGAGGUGAGCGAGCACAACGGCUUCCUGAUGAUGUUGUUGCGCGCGCACUGCGAGGCCAAGCAGCAGCGCCAUGUGCACGACACCGCAGAGAACAGAUCGGAGUUCCUCAACCAGUACUUGGGCGGCAGCACGAUAUUCAUGAAGGCCAAGCGCUCCCUCUCCAGCGGCUUCGACCACUUGCUGAAGAGGAAGGCGAGCAGAGACGACAGCAGCCUGGUGGUCGCGCCGACUAAGAAGGAAGCGGUGCUGGAGACGAGUUCGGAGGCUGGGGGCGGUGAUCUGCAGCCGCCAGACCUCAGGGCCAAGUCUUUGUCGCCCGCCGUACACACCGCUGACAGAGAUCCAACGGGAUCUCCCGUGAUUCCUCCACCACUGGAGGAGGAACCGGAGGAGUUGAGGGAUGACACCACGCCUGUCAACUCCCCCAUGAUGGAUAUCUUCCUCAAAGUGAGCGAUUCGCGACCAGCUAACACGGAGCCCGGCAGCGAGUCUGAUGCCACGUGGCGACAGGCCAUCUACGAGAAGGCCACGCAGGCACAUGACACACAUGAAGAUGAGCUGACACCAGGCGCGCUGCUGGGGCGUGCAGGGGGCGCGGGGCGCCCGGGUCGACGGCGCAGUCGCGACCAGCUGCGCCAGCUGUGGCGCAUGGCCAUCGACCAGACCAUACUGCUCGUGCGCAUGGAGAAGGAGAACGCCAGGCUCAAAGAGAGCGAGGAGUCGUCGGCAGUGCGCCGCAUCAAGCUGGAGUACGCGGAGCUGGGUGCGAGCGACGGCGGCGUGGUGCAGAUGUGGGACUCUCUGCUGGCGCGCGACCGCUCGCAGCCCGCGCCGCGCGUCGACAGGCACAUGCUCACGCAGGCCGUGCGCAGAGGAGUGCCGCGGGUGUCGCGGGGCGCGGUGUGGUACUUCCUGGCGGAGCAGGCCAGUCUGCGUCUGCCGCCGGCGGACGUGCGCGCCUGUCCGCGCUACCACACGCCGUACCGCGCACUGCUCGCCUCGCUCACCAAGCACCAGCACGCCAUACUCAUCGACCUCGGUCGCACGUUCCCUAAGCACGGGUACUUCGCGGCGGCGCUGGGUCCGGGCCAGCUGGCACUUUACAACAUUCUGAAGGCGUACUCGCUGCUCGAUCCCGAGGUCGGCUACUGCCAGGGCCUCAGCUUCGUCGCCGGCGUGCUGCUGCUGCACAUGGAGGAGGCGGAGGCGUUCGCGCUGCUGCGACACCUGAUGUUCCGGCGCGGGCUGCGCAAGCAGUACCUGCCCGACAUGAGCGCGCUGCAGGUCCAGCUGUACCAGCUGUCGCGGCUGGUGCGCGACGAGGAGCCGGAGCUGUGGGCGCGGCUGGCGGCGCUGGACGUGGCGCCCGCGCUCUACGCCGCGCCCUGGAUGCUCACCCUCUUCACCAGCCAGUUCCCGCUCGGCUUCGUCGUCAGGGUCUUCGAUCUGAUCUUCCUGGAGUCUCUGGACGUGGUGUUCUCUGUGUCGCUGGCGCUGCUGUGGGCGCACCGCGACGGCCUGCUGAUGUGCACCAGCUGCGAGGAGGCCGCCGAGUAUCUCAAACACAAGCUGCCCGACAUGGACAACAACAUCUACGAAAAGGUCAUGAAGAAGGUGGCGAGCCUGGACAUCGGCCGGCAGCUGAGCGAGUACGCGGUGGAGUACGCCGUGCUCAGUGAGGAGAUGCCUCGCCUUGCCGCCCUCUCCAGCGACAACCAGCGCCUCGCCGCAGACAACCAGCGCAUGACCAGCGAGCUGGACUCGGCGAUGGACGCCAUCGACAACUAUCAGAAGACGCAGGCGCGGCUCGAGCAGCAGAACAAGGCGCUGGAGCAGCAGUUGGCCCUGCUGAGUCGGCACCUGGCCGUGCAGCGUGACCUGCCGCCCGACGUGCGCCGCGUCAUCCAGCCCUACGCCAAGAAGCUCUCCUUCGGCUCCAAGAUAUUCUCCAACAAGUUCGCCAGCGAGGAGGACGACGACCCCAAGAGGAAUUUCAAAACGGGCGCCAGCGCACCCAACCUCUUCUCCAAGACAUCCAAGGAGGAGGUGAUGAACGCAGUGAACAGGGAAAGUAAUAAAUCUUCCCCCGACGCCGACAGGAGACACUUUAUGAUGAAGAAAUCUCAGUCCAUACACUCGGGCCUGAUCGCGCCCAAAAACUACGCGAUGAAGGUCCUGGACGAGAAGCCGGAGACGCAGCAGCAGUUCCGCUCGGAGCACUUGUCCGAGUCUCUGCGGGAGCUCGGCAGGAAGAGCUCAGGUUUCUUCGCCAACACGCACGAGCAGAUCCGGCAGGAGCGGUUGUUCGAGCAGCAGCUGAAGCACGACUUCGACGAGAACCUGAAGAAGCCGGACCGCAAGCUGACGCCGACUUCGUACCUCGACGACCUCAACAUAUUCCAGAGCAGGAAGAGUAUGUCGUUGAAUUUGAUACCCAACACGAAGACGCAGGAGUCGAAAAACGACAGCGGGUUCGUGACGCCGCUGAGCCCGGGCGAGGCGGAGAGGAAGGAGGAGGUGUCCUCUAUCAUCUCCCACCCGCUCAGCGACUGCGACGUCGACAUCAAGUUCGACGGUCAGUCCACCAAGCUGAAGCAGAUCCGUCCUCUGCGUCCUCACAACCGCGCACUCUAGGACAUAAUUACCCUGCCGGUACACCAAGAGAAGACAGAUUGUGAGAAAGAAAUGAACUUCAACAUAAAAUAUCCGCUAGAUUAUAGACAUAAGUAUUGCUGAAGAUGCAAGAUCUGAAAACUAUUCAACAUCAAUGUUAUAUGUUUUGUUUAGUGAAAUAAAAUAUAAUAAGGUUAAUAGAGCUUAAAGUAGUAACGUUUACAAUAAACUCGACCUGUUUAAUUCGCCUACACAUUGUAAAACUAUCUUACAUAUGUAGGAUGUGCUCAAAUAUUCGAAACUUCAUAACCUUGUACUGCCGGAAAGCUUCCAAUUUUGAUUAGAAAAUAUACGAAUAAAACAUAGCAUUAGUGAUAUAAUAUAGAAAAAAUUAAAAAUGUCUUAGCUGAAGCAAAAUACCAAAGAGUUUACGAAAGCCAUGAAUAUUGUGCAAGUUAGAGUUAUUUAGAGAUGAUAUUAUGAGCUUAGCAAAUAUAGCUUGUAUAGUUCGCCUUAAUGUUACACGAUUGUGUGAAAUAAUUUAGAAUAUAG